CCUUGGGAAUGAAAUAAGGAAAGGGGGUACAAAUUUAAGAAUAGAACUUUGUUGCAAUUUGGAUCAAACUGUUAUCCGCUACUACAGCUGGGGUCUACACAGUAUUCCAUUGUCUGGAUGAGUUCCUCCUCCAUCUUAUCAAAGCUCAAAGGCAUGUGAUGUCCAUUCACUAUCCCCUGAAAUUCACACGUUGACUCGCAUGCUUUGAAUACCCAGUGUUACUCCAAGGACGCGAUUUCUUGGCUGGCUGGCUGGUUUCAGGAGAGCAGGAGGAGGUGUGUAUAAAACACAUCUCUGCGGCUGACCCACCCCAAAACAAGUAUUGGAUUUCUCUGUGAAUGAAUGAGAGAAGAUGCUUUUCCAGGCAAGAUUUUGGCUGAUGAUGUUGCUGACUGUGGCGACUGGGUCAUAUGGUGCCACAGUGGGACACAAAGAGCAGGACAACAGCCCGAAAGUCAUUCCGCUAUCAGAAUUGAAUGGAGAUGAGCGAGAAGUCAGAGAUAUGGCAUGUGCCAGUGAACAGCCAAUUGGCCCACCUGCCCAGUCAACACAAGCCACCGAAGAUGUGCCAAGUGAACAACAAGCUCACAGUCAUGCCACUGAUAACUUCCUGUCAGCCCUGAACGGAGAGAGUGAACAGGGCAGGAUUAAUUUCCAGCACUUUGGAAUAUGUUCGCCCGGAGCACCAGGUUUCCAGGUUUCAUAUCUAGUUCAGAAUGUGCAACAAAACCGAAAUGGCCUCAAGGGUGUUCAUGCAACUAAAGAUGUUUGGGAUGCUGAGCAGGAGGGGGAGAUUACUUUAACCCUCACAUUCCCAAGACAUGCCCAACCGACCAACCCGGCUUCUGUGAUGCUCCUGUUUAACGUCGAUCCCAUUAAAGGAGACGGUUUGAGAGUGACGUUCAACAGUCAUUCCAUCCAACCAAAUACACAGAUGGUUUGCAUUUCUGAGGCCACACGUUUCCUGAUUCUUACGGGAGGACACAGUCAUGCCCACGUUCACCUUAAGCUGAGUGUAACAGUUGAGGCAUGGAAGGAUGAAAGCGGCUCGAAACCCAGUGUGUCUGAGCUUCAGGAAGUGUUGAUGAGAAAGGUGGAUGGCAGCAGUACUACAAUGAGGCCGAUCUUACUUUUCCUCUCGGACCGUGAUAAGCAAAGGACACCUCAUUUAAAAUAUCACGGAAUUCCACUGGAUGCGAGACCCCCAUCCAGAACUUUUCUUUUCCUUUGCGAGCUGCAGAAGUUCUUGAGUGAUGUCCUUCAGCAGAAAGAGGGGCCGACACCUCAGGAUGAUGCAAAUGCAUUCUUUUUGGAUACACUGCAUUCCCUUCCACCUCUCAGCCUUGGAGUGUCGUCCACAGAGUCCCUCCUAUCAGGACUGGUGAACUCCUCCAUGCCGACUGUAUUUGUCUUCCCCCAGAGGCAGCAAGGCCUACAAACUCACCGAGUGGAGGUGACCCUAGAUUCCCCUCUGCUGUCUGUGCUCAGAAUGAGACUGGAUGAAGCCAUGGCUCUGGUCAGACAGCAGGAAGCGGGGCAAAAGGUGAUUGACAGACUCCAGAAACUGAGUGAACUAAGUGCCGUUUCUCCAGAUGGAGAGGACGAUGAAGCAGUGACUAAGGACCACAAAGAAGCCCAGUACCGGUCUGUUCUGCUGCUGAAGGCCCUGCAGACGGUUCUUAGUACCUGGGAGGCGGAAAGAGCCCAGAGGGCAGCCAGAGCGGACGAGGACAGCCCAUCAACGCCCAGUCAGUGUCGGCUUCAAAGCUUAACCGUGUCCUUGAGGAAGUUCUUUCUUGAGCCCUCCCAGGCCAACAUCAACAACUGCGAAGGAGUGUGUGGUUUCCCACUGAAUAACGCCAACAACCACGCCGUCCUUCUUAACAGCCAUAUCCAGAGCGGCCAUCCUGUCAAUCGCUCUCUCUGCUGCGUACCGGUGGACUAUGACGACCUGUGUGUGAUCGAGCUGGAGAGCGAGGGCACCAACAUCUCCUUCAAAACCAACGUGGUGGCGACCAAGUGUGAAUGUCGCUGACGGCCUUACUUGCUCUUUGAAAUGCGUUC